CUGGAACGCUCAGACGCCGCGCGGGGAGGGGAUUGGUCCGGGCUCGUCGUCCGUGCGUCUCGUCGCCGCUCUCCGGACACCUGCUGGCUCCUCGGUGUCCGGCGGAGUGCGGAUCCUCCUGCCGCACCGCCCGCUUUCCCCCGUCCCGAUUCGCAGAGCUGGGCCGUCCCGUCCCCGCACCCAAACCGGAGCCCGCUUGGCGCCGCUGAGCCGCUGCGGGGCGAGAUGAGCGCGGACUCGGCGGCCGGGGCGCCCCUGCCCCGGCUCUGCUGCCUGGAGAAGGGUCCCAACGGCUACGGCUUCCAUCUGCACGGGGAGAAGAGCAAGCUGGGCCAGUACAUCCGGCUGGUGGAGCCGGGCUCCCCGGCCGAGAAGGCGGGGCUGCUGGCCGGGGACCGGCUGGUGGAGGUGAACGGCGAGAACGUGGAGAAGGAGACCCACCAGCAGGUGGUGAGCCGCAUCCGCGCCGCGCUCAACGCCGUGCGCCUGCUGGUGGUCGACUCGGAGACGGACGAGCAGCUCAAGAAACUCGGCGUCCAGAUCCGGGGGGAGAUGCUGCGGGCCCAGCCGGGGCAGGCCAAGCCGCCGGCGGCCACCGAAGCAGAUGAGCUGCACGAGGCCAACAAGAGGGAGAAGAGCUUCUUGCGUGAGCUCCGGCCUCGACUCUGUGCCAUGAAGAAGGGCCCCAAUGGCUAUGGCUUCAACCUGCACAGCGACAAGACUCGGCCAGGCCAGUAUAUUCGUGCGGUGGAUCCAGAUUCUCCAGCCGAGGCCUCGGGACUCCGGGCCCAGGACCGCAUUGUAGAGGUGAAUGGAGUCUGUGUGGAGGGCAAACAGCACGGGGACGUGGUGUCUGCCAUUAAGGCCGGUGGGGAUGAGGCCAAGCUGCUGGUGGUGGACAAGGAGACAGAUGAGUUCUUCAAAAAAUGCAGAGUGAUCCCAUCCUCGGAGCACUUGAAGGGUCCGUUGCCGGAGCCCUUCACCAAUGGGGAAAUUCAGAAGGAGAACAGCUCUGAAGCACUGGCUCCAGGGACCUCCGAGAGCCCCCGGCCAGCCCUGGCGAGGUCUGCCUCCAGUGACACCAGUGAGGAGCUGGCUUCCCAAGACAGCCCCAAGAGAGAGGACUCCACGGCACCCUCGUCUACCUCCUCCUCCUCCGACCCCAUCCUGGACUUCAACAUCUCGCUGGCCGUGGCCAAAGAGAGGGCUCACCAGAAGCGCAGCAGCAAACGGGCCCCCCAGAUGGACUGGAGCAAGAAAAACGAACUCUUCAGCAAUCUCUGAACGCCCAGCCACUCCCGCCUUCCUUCCUCCUACCCCCCCCACACCCCACCCCUGCCAGUUCCCCUCGAAUCCACGCACCAAUCAGCACCAGCAUCCUCCUCCUUGGCCAUCUCAUUUUUCUACUGAACUAUUUGCUUCCCUGUCUUAGGGAAGGUGAAUGUUCUGUCCCAUCCAAUCACACAUCUCCCCGAGUGCCUCUCUCCCAGGCUGCCCACAGCUACCCUUUCUUGGGACAUCACUGGGACCUGCUCUUGAGCCAGAAUGGUGUGGGACCAGGCAGGUGGUUACCUUCCUUCACGACCUUGCACGGUGACCAAGGAACACUGGCAGCCACAGCUUGCUGGGUGGGAUGACCACUGUCCUUGGCAGCUGUGGCAUGCACAUCUUAUUUUUGUUCGUUUGAUUUUUAUUUUUUAACGAGUGCAUGUCAGUUCAGAGGGAUGCUCCUUUCCUUGAUUAACGGUGAUUUGCGUUGUUGUUGCGUCCAGGGCACAGCAGCAGCCUCAGCCUUAAAACUCUCAUCCUUGCUCUUCCUCCCCCGGAGGCCACGCGUGGGGAGGGCUUGGUUAGCCCUCCCAGCCCUGAGCCAGGCCCCUAUUGUAAGGAAACUCCUCAGAAAUUAACUCAUUCCUGCAAACC